GCCAGCCAAUGGGAGGAGCGCUGGGUGAGCCCGUGGCCAGGUGCUGGUGUGGAAGAUGAGGCUGAGUGAGAGCGGGACAAGAUCCUUCCAGGCUGCUGUCACAGUCCACAAAUACCCGGGCAGGCAGGUCUAUGUGUUUCCUGAUGGCCCAUCCGACUCGGAGGAGUCCUCGGAGGAGGAGGAGCUCAACGUCAUGGAAUUGCGGCCCAGGGGGAAGGAGCAGCAGCGGGGCAGCACUUCCCGGGCCAGGCCUGGAGACGUGGUGCUCCUGGAGCGGGAGCUCACCGAGGGUGACAGCCUGAACAAGCUGGCCCUGCAGUACGGCUGUAAAGUCGCCGACAUCAAACGGGUCAACAACUUCAUCCGGGAGCAGGACCUGUACGCGCUGAAGUCCAUCAAGAUCCCGGUGAAGGCGCACGGGCUGCUCACGGAGAGCAGGCGGGAGCUGCGGCCGCUCCCUCCGGCCCAGCCCGGGCUGACCCGCGUGGAGCUGCCGGAGCCCGACCCCGGCACGGGCGGAUCCACCAACGGCCAAAACCUCAGCGACUACUUCAGGGACAUCGACCAGAGCAUCCAGGACGCCGUGCAGGUGGAGGUGCAGCUGAACACAGAGUACUGUGGGGAGCCACUGGAGAGGCCUCUGCCCGAGCCAGGGAAGCGGGACCCCGGGAACGGUGCAGACUGCGGGAUCCAGUGGUGGAACGCCGUGUUUAUCAUGCUCCUGAUAGGAAUUGUGCUGCCAGUAUUUUAUAUCAUCUAUUUUAAAACACAAGGCCUGGUGGCCCACACCUCCAACACAACAGUAACCUCAAACGUUUCAACAGCUGGAUUGGAAGGGAAAUUACCACAAAGCUCAGUGGUAGGAAAAAAGUCCUAAAGGGAAAUGGGAGACCUCUCCAGCCUCUCCAACAGUGGUGCCCACACUCUCGUGACUGACCCAAGUGCAUCUAAGGGGAUAUAAUGAUACAGAUAAUUUUUAUUUUUAUAAGUAUCUGAUGAUGGAAUCCUGAACUUGACUGAAAGUGAGGUGAUGUGAUUGUGAUGGAAAAAUAAGGAUGAUUUGUUGCUUAUGAAGGUCACUGAGCAGGUGGGUUAAGUGUGGGGAACUGCUGAGGGAAGGUACUUUGUAGCAAUUUAUUGUGAUUGCUUCAGGUAUUUCUUAAUGACAUGUCUGAAAGCAAAUCCUUUGCUGCUGAGCUAGAGAGUGCAGUAUUAAUGUGCUUGGAAAGUUGGGGGUUGUUUGCAUUUUUAGGAAACACUUUUUGCUGGAGCAGAAGGGGGGGCUCUUUUGCUCAGAGCUGUCAUUUUUAUCUCUUGCAGACCAUGGUGGUUUUGGCUUAACCCUAAACUGAUGGCUCUAAGCUGGGUGUGCCAGCCCCUGAGCAAACCUUUGAGCUGGGUUUAUUAGGUUGAUGUCAGGCCUGUCCCCUGGAGGAGCCCAGACCUCUCCCCUCCGUGAAAUCCUCCAGAGAUGGGAUCUCGGUGCCGGAUCCGCGCUGUCCCCAGGGUGCAGCUGGAGCCAGCCCUGCCACUGCAGGUGGGCAGAGGGUGUUGGAGGAGGAUGUGAGAGCUGGGAGAGGAGUUGUACACUCCUCUCAAGGGCUCUUUUGUUGGCAGGGGGGGUCUAGUCAGUAUUACUUGUUAAAAAUGCUAAUAAUGGUCUAUAAUGGUGCAUCUCAGACACCCGAGGUCAGUCACAGACGAUUUCCCUGUGUGCAGAUUUCAUGGGAGCAAAGUGCCAAGUCCCGUGCAGGGUGCAAGGUCCAGGGCAGAAGUCCAAAGCACAGAGAGAAGGGUAGAGCCUUUCUAGGACAGGACUGAGCUGAUUGUGAAGCGUUCUGUGACCUGCAGACGUGCAUUAAAAAGCUGCUGAGGGUGUAGGGAAGAGUGGUGAAGGUUCAGAGGGCAGAGGGCUGUGCCCUUCAGGGUGAGACACUGAACACUGCCUGCUGGGAGGAGCAGCGAGGGAGGCUUUGGGAGCUUUGCUGCAGAGCAGAAUUGGCCUCAGAAAUUGGAUUUGUCAACUCCAGGCCUGCAGGCAGAGGUAAUUCAAGGCAUUCCUGGAACCAAACACUAAGGGAUUUCCACCCCACACAAGCAGAACUGUGUGAUACAGUUACAAUGACAACCUGUGUUUCCUGCAGCUCUCAAAAAAAGUGCUCAGGAAAGCCUGAGGGAACCUAAUUUUGUAAAUGAGGACUCUAAAGUAUCUUAUACUGAAAAAAACCUUGUAUUUUUCUUCUGUGAAGAGCUGUAUCUCUUUGUUCUGGGGGUGGGGGGGAUUUCUUACAUUUUUAAAUAAAGCCACAUGAAAUAAUAAAAGCACAAGGGGCACAACUUGUGCUUUUUUUUUUUAUUCCCACACUGCACUGUGCUGAGCACCUGCCCCAGGACAAUCCCUCAGCACUCUGCAGGAACCAGGAGUGGGAGCAGCAGAAGGAAACGUGAGUGUCCCAAGGGGCAGGAGGAUGGGCUGGACCCAGGUUUUUCUUUUUGUUAUAAUGUUCUUACCAAGCAUUAACUUUUUGACACAAGUGUAGUAACAAGUGUGUGUAUACAUCCCAAAAAAAUCCCUGUUGAUUAAAAUCCUCUUCACUGCAGUUUAAAAGCACAACCUGAUGAGUGAAGUGGACACCUGGAGGGGGCACAGACACGCCAGACAGGACCACGUGCUCUGCAAACACGAGAGAGGCCGGAGUACACA